GGUCUUUAUCACGCAGACGAGCGUUUGGGUCCAGGUGUGCUGACCUAUGCAGAUGGCCGGCAGGACAUGGGGCUGUGGCAUCGCUGCCGGCUGCUCAGCCUCUGCACCCGGCUGGAGGACGCCUUCAGCCUCAGAGCCCCCAAACCACCUCCCGUCAGCAAGGACCCCCUCGUGUUCUCCACCGAGGAGAUGCUGAAGGAUGAGCGCUUCAUCUUGCCCCCUGCCACGCUCCGCUACAGCAUCGACCCCGACCACCUGCCCCUGCCCCCCCGCCUCAGGAGGCAGCUAGACGAGCUCUUCUUCAACUGCAGCAGCCCAGAGGCUCCUGAACACACAGACAUGCACCCAUACACGCACAGAAUCACCAGCUCUCUGCCACUGCAGGAACGCAUGCAGAACCACAUCAACAGACACAGGUUUGAAGCGGAGAGUGUUGACUGGGACUGUUGA